UGGCUAGGUGGGGCUUGGUCUUUGCAUUUUUUGCUUCCUCUCUCUUCAUUUUUUUUGGUUGGAUAUUCUUCCUGUUGCAUAGGACAUCUUCUGAUUCCUUUUUUGGUUGACAUUCUUAACCUCCCUGGGUGCUACCUGAGAAACUUCCAUCAUUUCAUUGCCAAAAUUAGGUGACUGGCAUCCGUCACACCUCUCUUGAUGUCAUCUUUGAUGUGAGGAUGUAGCCAUCAGUAUCACACCCCAGAACCACAUUAAUGGCUCCGGACAGUUCUCUGUGAUAAAGAGAUGCUGCCUCUGCUAAAUGCUGCUGCCAACAUCAUAGAAGGUUUGCCAGGACUAAUGAAUUAAAACGUUUGGACUCUCCACAACUUGCUGUUUAUCAAUGCCUCUGACAGGAGGAGGGUUUUCUUUUGCUCUUGCUUUUUCUAGAAACAUGACAACAUCCUGGCUGCUGGAGAGCGUGUCAGGGGCUGUUAUGCAGCAGGUGCAGCCUGCCCGCUCCCCGAGUCUUUACUCCACAAAGGCAGCGGCUGGCCAAGGCAGCGGCUGGCCCUGGAUUACACAAGUGCAGACACUCAACUAAGUGAGCUGGAAGACCCAGGAGAAGGCCGGGCCCCAGGUGCCCACAUGAUCAGCACAGCAAGGGUACCUGCGGAUAAGCCAGUACGCAUCGCCUUUAGCCUCAAUGAUGCCUCAGAUGAUACACCUCCUGAAGACUCCAUUCCUUUGGCCUUUCCAGAAUUAGACCAGCAACUACAGCCUCUGCCACCUUGUCAUGACUCAGCAGAAUCCAUGCAGGUGUACAAACAGCACUGCCAAAUCGCAGAGGAAUACCAUGAAGUCAAAAGAGAGAUCGCCCUGCUUGAGGAAAGGAAAAAGGAGCUCAUCGCCAAGCUGGACCAGGCAGAAAAGGAGAAAGUGGAUGCUGCCCAGCUGGUGCGGGAAUUUGAGGCUCUGACGGAGGAGAAUCGGACCCUGAAGCUGGCCCAGUCACAAUGCGUCGAACAGCUGGAAAAACUCAGAAUACAGUAUCAGAAAAGGCAGGGCUCAUCCUAACUUGAAAUUAUUACAUGUGAGCAUGGGAGGUUGGUGACUGCUGUGCGCUGGCCAAAAGCCUUUUAUUUUAAAGGGAUAGGAAAAUAAAAUCUAUUGCCUCUGUUUAUUACCCACAUGGCAAAUGUCUAGAAUGAGAGUUUAAUGCUUGCCAGCUUUUAGCUUGAGAGAAGGGAUAUUUUAUUGUAAGUGAGAUCACUAGUGCAAAGCUAUUACCAGUAUAUAUUUUCAGAGAUCAGAAUUCUUUUUCGAAGAUAUAUAUAUUUUCUUAUUUAGGAAGAUACGAUCAUGCCAUACAUCAGGAUAGGAAAUAAUAAAAAUAGAAUAUUGACUGACCCUGCUAAAAAUCAUGAGCCGUGAAACAAACCAGUAAAAUGCUCAUCCUCGUUCCACGUCUGUGCAUUUUUAAAUUUCAUGCCUUUCAUAUUUCCAGUCGGCUCACAUAUAAAUCAUUCGAAACGUCUCUGCAUAUAUUUACGCUUGCUAGUCAGACGCAAUCCUUCCCUGAUAGGUUUCUUGAGAAUAAAUGGUCGCAUGCAUAUCCAUAGAAGUUUUCUCAUAAAAAUAUUAGCAGAAAUCACUUCUGUGCCAAAAGCUCAUUUGCCAGUGCUGGCUUGCUGUUGGAAUAAAGAAAGAGAAAAGGCUUGCUUUUCUUCAUCUGUGUUCACUCACGGGCACCGUCUCUGCCUGUGCAUUUGUGUGUUCUGGAGGGUUUGGGGGAAAUGAACAAGUAUUGUUUGGACCUUGCUUGGGUCAGCUCCCAUGAAAAUAUCAGUGAAAUUAUAACUACUACUUGUAGGAUAUUUUUUUCUGGUACCAGGAAUCGAACUCAGGACCCUGCGCUUGCCAGGCAAGUGCUUGUGCUACUGAGCUAUAUCCCUGGCCCUAUAACUAUUACUUUUCUUUGGACUUAAGGAGGCGUUUUAGGUCAGUAAUAACUGAGAAGAACAUGUGCAUAAGUUCAGAAUUAAAGUGCUUUUUCCUUCAUUCUAGCCAUCACCACAUUUUCGCAAAUGGAUCGUUUUAUGUCCAUUUCUACUCAUGUAACUCUUUUUUCAUUAAACAUGGAUUAAAAACUGC